AUGACGCCUAGACGUCGGUUACACCAACUUUUAGAUGGGCUAGCAUCUCCGACAGGAUCCAUUGGGACAUUGAAGCUCGGCGCUAUCGAGUACCAGGUCCCAGCAUCGCUAACGCCGUCAAGACUGCCGAGGUCGAAGGGUUUACUCGAUAUACGCGAUCCCGCCAAUGUCGACAACCUCCAUUUCAUGUUGCAGAAGUAUCUUUUGGGGCAGGACGUGUUUUUGGUGUCGCAGCCUGGUCCUUAUGCUAGGCGACUGGCACUUACCUUUGCGAGUAUAAUCAAUUCCGAGUACGAGUACAUCGCACUGCAUAGAGACGUCAGCGAGACAGAACUGAAGCAGGGAAGAGAAAUCAGAGAAGGUGGAAAUUUGGUGUACGUGGAUAGCCCAGCCGUCAACGCGGCCAAGUAUGGGAGACUCUUGAUCUUAGAAGGAAUAGAGAAGGCCGAACGAGGAAUCAUGCCUGUUCUGAACAAUUUACUAGAAAAUCGUGAAAUGAACCUUGAUGACGGUACACAUAUCAUACACCCACAUCGAUAUGCCCUCUUAGAUGUCGCCACCAAUUUCAUACCAGCGCAUAAGAACUUUAGAGUUAUCGCAAUCGCAGCACCCGUCCCUCCGUAUCCCGGCUAUCCUCUUGAUCCCCCAUUCCGAAGUCGCUUCCAAGCGCGCUUCAUGGAUCCUGUAGGCGCUAUGGUCAGCCUCAGCAACUCUCUAGACUCCAAGACCACCUCGUUAUACACCAAAAUUCGCGACAUUAUUCUAUCCACGCAGUAUUCUAGCGAAUCGCGUCACGCCUUAGAAGCCGUCUCAAAAUCCGUAUUACCACCUUUCCCUCAGACUUCCCUUCUCAAACUUCGCGCGUUAUUAUCUCUAUUUCCUCCUUCCGAACAAGUCACUCCCUCACAACUCGGACAGCUUUUUUUAAUCCUUCACCCUGCUCUAAUUCAUGCGCCGUUCCAGGCCUGGGCACUUCUCAGUGUGCAGACUGAAGACAGCGGACUAGGGCCUAUGGGAAGUCCAUCGAUGGCGUCAGAAGGCCUAUUGGGGUAUCGUCUUACCUCCGUCAAAAGGACGGGUGAACGCACAGCAGAUGUCACAUUUGACGGUCCACAACAGAUAACUUGUAAUGUGCCAGCAGGUCCCAAAGCGUUGUUGAAAUAUCCGCUAACAGACACGCCAAACUUCCAUGUCACGGAGAGGUUCGUUGGGCUUUUAACGUGUUUUAUGCAGGCUCACGCGCUGGGAUGGGAUAUAUCUCUUAUGCCGCCUGCCCAGCCCUCAACGGCGUCGACGUCGACCUCAACCUUGGUCAAUGUAUUUGGACGGAUACUAGGAUACGAGACGGAGGCGGUACACAUGUACAAGGAACUAGGAGGCCGCGAACUGGUGAUGCGAAGGAAAAUACAGAAUGGAGGUGCGACGACUUGGGAGCCUAGUCCCAUCAUAGAGGCAGCAUGGAAAGGAAGAAUGGUGCAUCUUUCCGGUCUUGAUGUUCUAGGGUCAACGGCAGGAUCAUUAUCAAGGCUGCUUCAGGAUCGAGAAAUUGAGCUUUGGGAGGGGAAAAGGAUCGUUUCUGAAGCCUCUCAAGAGGGGAUCGAUUCGGGGGAGCUGACCUUAGCCAAACCAUCAUUCCGGGUCAUAAGCACCGCAUCAAAGUCCAUCCCAUUGAAAGACUGGUUGACAGAGGAACACGCCAACAUGUUCUUCCCCGUCCCUAGCCAACCUAUGUCUGUUGAAGAAGAGGCUCUCAUCUUGCGCGGCACGGGAUGUGCUCCGGCCUUCGUCGAGACCCUUUUAUCCUUCGCCGACAAAUACAGGCGUAGUAUUUCUGCUGACAGUGUCCAGAAGCACCGCAAAUUGGGCACACGUUCUUUAGUCAGAAUAGCCAGACGCCUGGCGAUGUUUCCGGAGGAUCAUGACUUGCACGCCAUAAUCAGCAGUUCACUUCUUGCUGAUUUUUUGCCCGCGGCGGAACGUAUGAAUUUGGAUGCAUUGCUUGAUGAGGCUGAUAUCCAGAAGAUGACAGAAAAAUUCCAUCCAAGUCCGGUGGUUCUAGACAGUUCCUUGUACUUCCCUGCAUCGACUAGUGCUGGUGCGAUGACAAACCCCACGCCCAUCCCUCUGUUCGAUCCCUCUCAAGACCACGCGGGCGUGGAAUCACUCGUCCCGCAUAUGGACCACUUUUAUGACAAUAGUUUGCAAACUGGGCUAAUGCGUGACCUAGCAAUCGAUCUCGAGCUGAUGCGCGAGCAUGUUGUUCUGUUGGGCAAUCAGGGUGUCGGAAAGAAUAAGAUCGUCGAUCGCUUGUGUCAGCUGCUUGGUCGGCCUCGUGAAUACAUCCAACUGCAUCGUGACACGACUGUCAAUCAGCUAAUGUUCACUACCUCUCUCGAGGCGGGUGUACUGAAAUUCACGGAUUCGCCUCUUCUCCGCGCGAUCACCUUUGGACGGGUCAUUAUCAUUGAUGAAGCAGACAAGGCACCUGAACACGUCGUGGCCAUCUUCCGCAGUCUCGCUGGGCAAAGUGAGAUGACGCUAUCAGACGGACGCCGAGUAUGUUCCUCUCGAGAACGAGAGGAUGACAUCGUUGUCCAUCCGAACUUCAGGCUUGUGUUGCUUGCAAAUAGACCUGGUUAUCCCUUCCUCGGAAACCACUUCCUACAAGUGCUCGGAGAAAACUUCAGUCCCCACUCUGUGCCUAACCCUGAUCAAGCUUCGGAACGUAAACUGCUUAAGCAGCUCGCGCCUGAACUCCCUGAGGAUGUCAUCCACCGGCUGGUCGGUGCUUUCCAAGAUUUGCGCGUAGGAUAUGAGAAUGGUUCUUUAGGCUACCCAUAUUCGCUGAGAGAGUUGAUCAAUCUUGUACGGCACAUGCAGACAUACCCUACAGAUGCACUUGGUGACGCACUUCGUAACGUCUUUGAUUUUGAUAUCUACAAGCCGGAGACAAUUGACAAGCUCGGCGAGAUUCUCAAGAAGCACGGUCUUACUGUUCCACACCUUGGAUUAGAUGCGGCACGAGAGUCUGCAAAGAAGAUACAGGAUAUACAAUUCGAGCCCAAGGAGACUGAUUUGGGCGGACCCAAAGAGGGGAAGCAUGAUAAUGAAGAACAUUCCGGUGGGAAUACGUAUGCAGGAGGGACUGGCGGUCGAGAUACAGCUGGAAUAGGCGGUCGUGGUGGGUACAAGCGGCUGUGGAAAGGUGGAGAUAUCAAGCAGAUACCAGACGCAUUAAAGGACGAUGUUCCUGAACACAUCAAAGAGAAAGCGCGAGAAAUGGCUAAGCAAGAGCUACAGCGCCGACUUGAGGAGCUUGAUAUGAACAUUCAUGAGGCUAGAGGUUACGGCGAAAUCAUCAGAAACACGCAAGCUCACAUGGCUUCCCUCUAUGACCUCCUAGAGCACCUGGCUGCGAAAGAAGAGGAACGUGUUUGGGUUAAACGUCAAACCGACGGAGAACUGGAUGAUACACGGUUGACGGAGGGGUUGACUGGGGAAGCGACUGUUUAUAAACGACGGGGGAUGGAGAAGCCGGAGUUGGGGCGGCCCCAGAUCAAACCCAAACGAAUCCGGUUCAUCUUUGACCUCAGUGCUUCGAUGUACCGAUUCCAGUAUGACGGCCGACUAAAACGAAGCUUAGAGACAGCGGCCAUGCUCAUGGAGACAUUCGACCGUCUUUCCCGAAAAGAUAAAUAUGUCUGGGACUCCGGGGAUGGGCCCGAGAUACCUCUCGUUGAAGCAGACAAACCGCCUGUCGACCUCCGGGAUCGCUGGAGAGUAAUCGAGAAGAUGGACAUGAUCCCGCAGUACGCUUUCGCUGGAGAUUAUACCGUCGAAGCUAUACAGAAAGGCGUACAAGAAGUAGGUAAAUUCGAUGCAGAUGAUUGGUUCGUUAUUGCUAUCACGGAUGCCAAUUUCGGCCGAUACAACAUUACACCGGAGCAGCUAUCUCAGGCAAUGAAGCGCAAUCCCAAGGUCCAUACAGCUUUGAUUUGUAUUGGGGAAGGGGCUGAAGCUCCGUGGUACGUACAUGCGCUCCCUGGACAAGGUUUUAGAGUUGCUAACACCAAUGACAUACCUACUGUCCUUCGGAGCAUUCUGUCUACGAUGAUAGACCGUGUAUAG